AUGUCAUUCUUUUCAUAUAUAUCUAUCUAUUUCAGCCUGUUUCUUUCUUUCUGUCUCUCUAUCUAUUUAUUUAUCUAUCUAAAUCUACUUCUAUCUAUCUAUCUAUCUAUCUAUCUAUCUAUCUAUCUAUCUAUUUCUGAUAGCUUGUUGUUUUGUGCCUGGCUGUUGUUUUUACCUAAUAGCCUCACAUUCUUUUAUUCAUCUUUCGUUUUUUUUCGUCCUUCUCACUCCCACCCCGAUUAUUAUUUUUUUUUCACUUUCGUUUCUUUGACAGUUCCUUUUUCUGUUCCUCGUUUUGGUUGGCCCUUUAACUUCAAGCCAGCCACCAGCAUCAAUAACGUCUCCGGAUUCUCCCAGUUCUCUUCCACGUUCACUUACCCACUCACAGCGUCGGCCGCCACAUUUGUUGCCAGGGCGGCUGUUUGUUACCUGAUAGUCCAUCACAGAUCUUCGUCUUCCUAUCUAUCUAUCUAUCUAUCUAUCUAUCUAUCUAUCUAUCUAUCUAUCUAUCUAAGUGGAAAGCUCUACAGACCAAUAGCCAUCUAUCUCUCUAUUCCUCUAUCAAUCUAUCUCUUACCAAUCUAUUUAUCUCACUUUGUUCCUGUCUAUCUCUGUCUGUUCUUAUCUAUCUAUCUAUCUAUCUAUCUAUCUCAGUGUGUUAAUAUCUACCUAUCUAUUUAUCUAUUGCGCCCUCUUUCUUUCUUUCUUUCUUUCUUUCUUUCUUUCUAUCUAUCUAUCUAUCUAUCUAUCUAUCUAUCUCCCUCUGUUCCUAUAUCAAUUUCACUCUGUUCCUAUCUAUCUAUCUAUCUAUCUAUCUAUCUAUCUAUCUAUCUAUCUAUCUAUCUCAGUCUACCUCUUUCUCUCUCUCUCUAUCUACCAUUUGGAGAAGGGCCGGCGUGGGAGAAGAAACGCGAGGCUUCAUAUCUGAACCCUCCUCACGGGCAGGCAAAAGGCCGCACAUAUGACUCACACAAGACCGGCACUGAGUUUAUUAACGUAUCUCUCAGCCGAACCUGGGAACGCUCCACGCUUUCUUUAUAG